UCUUUCCCGUUGGAGCAGCUCAGUCCGGGACUUCGGAAGACCUUUUACGACACUGGGUGUCAGAGUCUGUCUCGGCGCCGGUUCCACUUUUCGGCAAAGUGACGUGGACGUCAACAGCAAUGGCGGAAGGAGAAGAAGUCCUGGCACUACCAACGUCAAGUGGCGACGGCUGGGAAAAAGAUCUUGAAGAAGCUCUGGAAGCAGGAGGUUGUGAUCUUGAAACUUUGAGAAAUAUAAUUCAAGGGAGACCACUGCCUGCUGACUUGAGGGCCAAAGUAUGGAAGAUUGCUCUGAGUGUUGCAGGAAAAGGUGACAGUUUGGCAUCAUGGGAUGGUAUUUUAGAUCUGCCAGAACAGAAUACUAUUCAUAAAGAUUGCCUGGAGUUUAUUGAUCAGCUUUCAGUGCCAGAGGAAAAGGCAGCAGAUUUACUUUUGGAUAUUGAAUCUGUAAUUACCUUUUAUUGUAAAUCACGUAACAUUAAGUAUAGUACAUCCCUUAGUUGGAUACAUCUGCUGAGACCUCUGGUGCAUCUUCAACUGCCACGCAGUGAUUUAUACAACUGCUUUUAUGCUAUCAUGAAUAAGUACAUUCCCAGGGACUGUUCCCUGAAAGGGAGACCAUUUCACCUCUUCCGAUUACUCAUCCAAUACCAUGAGCCUGAGCUUUGUUCUCUUCUUGAUACAAAGAAAAUUACUCCAGACUCCUAUGCACUCAACUGGCUUGGAAGCCUUUUUGCAUGUUACUGUUCCAUUGAAGUCACUCAGGCAAUAUGGGAUGGAUAUCUACAACAAGCAGAUCCAUUUUUUAUUUAUUUCUUAAUGUUAAUAAUUCUUGUUAAUGCAAAAGAAGUUAUUUUAGCACAAGAAUCAGACAGCAAAGAAGAAGUUAUCCAGUUCUUGGAAAAUACUCCAUCCAGUUUGAAUGUAGAAGACAUUGAAGACCUUUUUUCUCUGGCUCAGUAUUAUUGCAGUAAAACACCAGCCUCUUUUAGGAAGGAUAAUCACCAUCUCUUUGGUAGUACUUUGUUGGGAAUUAAGGAUGAUGAUGCAGAUCUGAGUCAGGCUCUUUGUUUGGCUAUCUCAGUGUCAGAGAUCCUUCAAGCAAAUCAGCUGCAAGGAGAAGGAGUCCGAUUCUUUGUGGUGGAUUGCCGUCCUGCGGAACAGUAUAAUGCUGGUCAUUUAUCAACUGCUUUCCACUUAGAUUCUGAUCUGAUGCUCCAGAAUCCAUCCGAGUUUGCACAAUCAGUAAAAUCCUUGCUGGAAGCACAGAAGCAGUCCAUUGAGUCCGGCUCCAUAGCUGGUGGGGAGCACCUCUGUUUUAUGGGUAGUGGCAGAGAGGAAGAAGACAUGUAUAUGAAUAUGGUUCUGGCACACUUUUUACAGAAAAACAAAGAAUAUGUGAGUAUUGCCAGUGGAGGAUUUAUGGCACUGCAACAGCACCUGGCAGACAUUAAUGUGGAUGGGCCAGAAAAUGGUUAUGGUCAUUGGAUUGCUAGUACCUCGGGCUCAAGGAGCAGCGUCAAUUCUUCCAUUGAUGGUGAAUCUUCUAAUGGCUCAAAUGAUAGAGGAGUGAAAUCACUAGUAAAUAAAAUGACUGUGGCUUUGAAGACAAAAUCUGUUAAUGUUAGGGAAAAAGUUAUCAGUUUUAUUGAGAAUACAUCAACUCCUGUGGACCGAAUGUCUUUCAAUCUUCCUUGGCCAGACAGAUCAUGUACAGAGCGGCAUGUGAGCAGCAGUGACAGAGUGGGCAAGCCUUACCGUGGUGUAAAGCCAGUUUUCAGCAUUGGGGAUGAAGAGGAAUACGACACAGAUGAAAUUGACAGUUCGUCGAUGUCAGAUGAUGAUAGAAAAGAGGUUGUAAACAUCCAGACUUGGAUAAACAAGCCAGACAUCAAGCAUCAUUUUCCUUGUAAAGAAGUAAAAGAAAGUGGUCACAUGUUUCCUAGUCAUCUGUUGGUUACUGCAACACAUAUGUACUGUUUACGAGAGAUUCUUUCGCGGAAAGGAUUGGCGUAUAUACAAUCUCGACAAGCACUAAAUUCUGUAGUUAAAAUUACAUCCAAAAAAAAACAUCCUGAGCUAAUUACUUUCAAGUAUGGAAACAGCAGUGCUUCAGGAAUAGAAAUCUUGGCGAUUGAAAGGUAUUUGAUUCCAAAUGCAGGGGAUGCCACCAAAGCCAUAAAACAACAGAUCAUGAAAGUUUUGGAUGCUUUGGAAAGUUAAUAUAAAAGAAAAUUAUGAAAUUAAGGCAACCAAGAAAAACAUGAAUAUAUGUAUUUCCUGACUGAAUACUAAGCAAAGACCUUUUUUUUGCUCAUGGGGGUGCUUGAUUAGCAGAUCUAAGAAAAUGUAAAUUAUUAUAAUCAACCUCUGGACAGUUAACCUUUUUAAAAAUUUAUUUUGCAUUUUUGGUUUUAUAAAAUGAUUUAUUAUAAAGGUCAGUUAUCAAGUGACUGAAGUAACUGGCCCUGUGCCCUGAUGGAGUAGGGGUACAGAAUACAGUUCUGUUUUGAAGAGCUGUUUUAAGGGAACAUGCAUCACUUCCAGGUUUAAAAGGAACCACACACAUCCGUUUGCAGUGUCUUCACUGAAAAUUGGAAGUAAAAUUAGUUGAAGAGACUUCUUUAAUUGCUCCAUUUAGUUUUAUCCACUGAUCAGUAUCCAAAACCAAAAACGUAAAUAGCUUAACUAUUUAUUAUUUUUUUAAAAAGCGUGAAAUCUUUUUGAGAAAUGGAUCAAGAUUCCAGCCAACUCAAAACAUAGUCCCAGCUAUUAAAAUGUUGAAACUCAAGUUUCAGUCACCUUUGCUCCAUUAUCUAAUUAUUUGGACAUUAAGUGCUUCAGAAGUACUAAGCUUCAUCCUACAAGUUUCUAAGGGAGCAGUUAAUAGCAUUGUCAGAAGUAAUAGGUAUGUUAAGAUUAAAGUGAACCUUUUGAGCACAGAUUUAUAUCUGUAAAGAUGUCAUUGGUCUUUACUACAAGUCUAGUAUUUGAUUUAGGAUAUUUCAAGACAAGUGUUGAGCACACAUUGAUUUAUCCUCAUUGAGAUUAUGUCUGUGAGCACAUUAUUAUCUACUUAAUAAUAAGCCAAAUAAUCAGAGAGCUGUGUAAACUACAAUUGUUUUUAUCAUCACUUUCCAAAUUUUUCUUUCUCUUCAGUUGGUUUUGUCCUCUCCUUAAAGUUCUAGUAGUUUGAAACUAUUUUUAUUCUUUUAAUGUGACAAAACUGAAAAGUUAUAUACUUUAUUUUGCAGCUUUCUCAAUUUAGUUUACUGCAGUCAAUAUUAGACACAUUCAGUGAGUGAAAUAAAUCUAGGAACACAUUUGGGUCUUUGGAAUGAUUUUUUGGUAAAAUCUAUUAGGGAAGUGGUAACUACUCACCAUCUGCCAUGUCCUAAAAUGUAAUGGAUUAUCCUUAAGGGGUUGAUAGGAGAAAUAUUCAGUUGUACCCUGUUAACAGCCAGUUUGGUUUUUUUUUUUUUUUAAUUUAUUUAAUAGAAUCAAGUGAAUAAGCAUUCAAAGCAUUUUGUUCUGAUAUCUAAAUAAAAAGUUUGGUUGAAGACAUUUGCAUGAAAUUGCACCUGGUACAAUAUUUGAUAUUUAUAACUCCCUAAAACUCUUGUAUUGCGUUUUUUCCCUUUCCUUUACCACUCCCUUUAGAAAUGUCCUGAAUCUUCCUCUCUCUCUCUCUCCCCCCCCCCCUCUCUCUUUUUUUUUUUUUUUUUUUUUUUGCCCAUUUCAGCCGUGGGACUUUUUUCAUAAUAUUAUUGUAAAAAUGUUUGUGUUACUGUUUAUAAAUUACAACUGUAAAUAAACAAGUACAGUUUGCUCAAAACUUUGUUCUUAAAAGACAGUGUCUCUCUCCUCUUCCCACCGCCCCCACCCCCAGCUUGUAAAUCUUUAGAUGCCACAAUGAAAAUUAAAGGCUAUUUUAGUAGAAUUUUAAGUGUUCAGAUUUCUGGUUUGUAAAAUUAGAUUUCCAUUUUUGUUUAUCUAAAGAAGGAGAGGGAAAAGAGUU